AGUUGUUCCAGAUCUCCGUGUCUUACAAGAAGGCAUGGUGUGCACGGUUAUUAGCCAUCCAACGAUUGUAUGGUAGCUGGGAAAGGUCGUACAAUAAGUUGGCUCCCUUGCUCAGUGCAAUUAUGGGGUCAAACCAUGGAACUGUUGUUGAUUUACAAACAAUGGCAACUGAUUCACCAACUUCUUUUCAGUUCAAGUAUGUAUUCUGGUCCUUUAGGGCAUCCAUAGAUGGAUUUCAUUAUUGUCUUCCUGUUAUUUCAGUAGAUGGAACUCACUUAUACGGCAAGUAUAAAGGAUGUUUAUUACUUGCCAUGGCAAUGACGGGAAAUGGUGAAAUUUUUCCCCUUGCUUUUUCCAUUGUUGAUGCUGAAGAUGGACGAAGUUGGAAAUGGUUCUUGACGAAUGUCAUGCGUCAUGUCGUUCCGCCACAUCGUCGUGUAUGCAUAAUAUCUGAUAGGCACAGUGGGAUUGAGCAUGCAUUUGAAAAUGUCCCAGAGUUAGGUGGAGGUCGAGUGACUAGAAGAUAUUGUCUACGCCACCUACGCAGCAAUUUCUGGAAUAAGUUCCGAAGUAAGAAGUUGCGGACCUUGAUGUACAAAGCUGGUAAAGCCCCGAAUAGAAGUGAGUUUGACCAGUUGCUACUCCAAAUAGCAUCCAAAAAUCAAGAAGCCUACAACUGGCUUAAUGCCAUUCCAGAACACAAGUGGACUUUGUCACAUGAUGAAGGUGGGUCACGUUAUGGUGUAAUGACAACAAAUUCCUCAGAAAGUUUCAAUCAUGUCCUUAAAGGAUGUCGUUGUUUGCCAGUAUAUGCAAUUGUGAUGUUCACCUAUGAUAAGUUGGUCAAACUUUUCGAUGAGAGGCGAACAAGUGGGUAUGUAUGGCAGCAAUCCGGGUACAAUUUUCCUAUGAAUGUGUGGAAACAUAUUAGGAAAAAUGAAGAAAAUAGACUGUAUUGUCGUGUUGUGCAGCACCACGCACAACAAGGGAUAUACUCUGUGGUGGUGGAUGGGUCGUCCUACAUUGCUCAACGGGAGACAUUUACGGUGAACUUAAAUGCACGAACAUGUAGCUGUGGUCAAUGGGUAACAUUUCACCUCCCGUGCAAUCAUGUCCACGCAGUUUGUCAUUUUUGUAAUGUCACCGUGGAUCAUUUGAUUCCAAAUAUUUUUUCAAUUCAGUCCUACAUCAAUGCUUACUCUGGAAUCAUAAUGCCGCUACCGGAUGAGUCUCAAUGGCCUACUCCAGAGUAUGAGAUCCUGAGGCCAACACCACGACAGACCACACGAACAGGCCGACGUACGAGAACCCGCUAUCCGAAUAACAUGGACUAUCGACCACGGAGACAUCGUAACCAGGAAUAGUUUUGUCAUGAAUUUCAAUUAUGUCUGAGUUUAUGUAUUAUUAAAUUUUACAAAUAAGUUAAUCAUGGAUUGUGUUUUGGCUUCUACUUUUUAAUAAUAAAUUGUUAUAUGUACUUUAGCAAUAAAAUUAUUGUGUUUUG